AGGCUGGAGUUACCACAUGGAAUAUGGUAUCUGGAGUCUUCAUGCUGCAAGUGGAUUAUGGGGCGGUGAUCCACGAUUGGUUCGACGAUCGGCGUCACUUGUACCACCCAGUGGACCACCGAUUAUUCCCCGUGCAGGUUUUUCGUUGCAUCAUCCCCUGGAUCCAUCCGCCUACAAGGCCCUAGAAUUGACCAAUCCAUCGCACAGUAUCAACAGCGAUGAAGCAAGAAGUGAAACAAGUACACCACUCGAUACCAUCAAAAAAUCGGAUGACAACGAAAGCAACAUCGAAAGAAAUGACGAGGACGAGGAUAACGAUUACAAGAACUCCCCGCCAACGGAAUCCAACGACAACAACAACGAAGACCCUGACGAGGAAAGCGAUACAAAUACGAAUACAACCACAAGUUCCCAGCGGAAUAAUUCACCGUCAGAAAAAUCCCUGGAUCCCAUGGCAUAUUUUGGUAUGGAUAAAGACGAAACAAUAACACCAUCGGUUCUCAAUGGAUGGGUACUGAGUGCCUACACUGCAAUGCUGGGGAGAUUGUCAGCAGCAACUGCUGCAUUUGAAGCAACUGAGGUGCCAGGAAUGCCGUCCGAUAAUAGUGACUCCGACAGCGACAGCUCGUCCUACACCGAGAGAUCCAGAGGGGAGAGUCCUGUUGGUGGUACCUGCAGAGGAUAUCCCUGUGGCUCUUGUGAUGUCAUAAGCUCGACGAGACCUGCCCUGAGGAAGCACAUCCUCAACAGUCAUCCAUCCAAUGCUGAGGCCAGUGAUGGUGAUCCUCGCAGCUGUCCGUCACCUGGAUGCAAUUUCACGACAAUUAACAGGUGCGAGAUGGAGACCCAUGUGGCUAAUCACAUGGCCCAGGGGACGACGUCCACGGGGAAAAAACGAUCGCUGGCACUACAACGCGUCAGGUAUAGAUAUGAACGUGAAGAGUACAGGUGCACGAUGUGCACAUACGCGUGCACAAUUGAGAAAGCAUUCCAGAGGCAUCUCCGAGCUCAUGCCAAAGGCUCUGCACCAGAGACUAGAGUCAGUUGUGCUGUAUGUGGAGCUGACAGAUCAUCUGAAGUUGAUUUGAGUCGACACAUGCGAAGGCAUCGAGACGACAGAUAUUUUUGCUGCGACAUCUGCGUAUUUCGCACGGUUCAACUGAAAAAAUUAAUUCAGCAUCGGCGAAUGCACACCGGGGAGAAGCCACAUCUCUGUCCUCAUUGCGCUUAUCGGAGUGCAAGACGUGAUAAUUUACGGAGUCACGUACGCAGAGUUCACAAGAAAGAAAAUCUUUACUGUGACACAUUCAGUCCACGUGGUAUGCUGAUUGCACCAAUUCCAUCGGCAUCGUCAACCCCUGAUGCCAAGAUCUCUGAAUCACCGCCUCCUUCCAGUCAACAUGGGCUCAAUUAGCCUAAUUAAUUAAUACGCGUUAUGGAUAAAGGAGUAAUGUAAAUUUAAACGUCCUCGAUUUGUCAAUAUUUCACUUGGUGAUUAAAUACCAUCGAUUGUCUAAUGAUUAUUUUUUAUCUGCAGACAAGAGACUCUAUUAUUGCUGUGAAUAUUUGGCCUCGUCAUUUCGUCGUUAAAACGCUAAAUAACGCGUGACAAAGAGAUAAUGAAGAAGCCGAUGGUAAUAUUAAAUUAGUUUAUUGUAUCGGGAAUUACCGGUGAUAAUUUGGGGCUGAGAAUUCACUAGACUGAUUGUCUUUUUGUUGCUUUAAUCAAGACUGAGUCGUGAUUUAGUUUCGUAGGUAUUCAAAUUAUUUUCGUACGUAUUUAUCCAUUUUUUUUCGUUUACUCUUGUUGAAAUGUUUAUAAUAUUCGUUGGCAUUCGGUAAUUUAUAGAUGAAUAAUGGGGUAAUGAUUUUAUUGAGUAUUGGGUGGCACCAGGUUGUAAUUUGUGAUUGGCAAAGAAGACUGACUAAGAAUGCACAUGAAUUAUUUCAAUUAAAUCAAGUGAUCGUUCGUGUGAAAUUGUUGUAAUUGAUGAUUUGACCGGUUCCUUGGGGGCUCUAAAUCCAAUAUAUUUGUCCUUGAAUUAUAAUUAUCGAUUGAAUGAUGCACACAAGGCAGUGUUUCCUCAAUAUUAAUAUUAAUUCCGUAUUACAACGUUCAAUGCACAGAACAGAAAAUUGCAUUGCCAUUUUCUUUGACGAAUAACUAAAUUAAAUAUACGUUAAUGUGUGUCAAUUUUCAACGUAUGAUAAGCUCUAAUUCAAUUCUAUGAACAUUCGCUAUCAAUAUUAUAUACUUUUAAUGGAAAAGUUAGAGUAGAGAGAAAGGCACUAGGAAAGGAAUAUUCUUGCUGAACGCCAAUUGAUUCAAAGUAUACCGUAUAUACUAUACACAGUACUUUAUGCUUUUUGAUAAACAAUUGUAUUUAAACUAAUGUUUUAUAUUUGUACGUGAUGUUUUAUUGUGAUGAAAGAAAUGACAAGUUGAAUAGUUACAAAUCAAUUAAAGUUAACGAAUAACAAUUUUAUACAAUGAUUUUACACAACAAAACGCUUCAGAACGGAAUAUUGGGUGCGUAUUGAAGAAAACAAAAGUUAAUAAACAAUGAGGAUAAUGUAUUCGUUAUUUUUCGUUCGAUGAAGUCGAUGAAUGUGCGAUUAAAAAUUAGAGUCGUCUAAUUAAACGGAUUACUGUUUAUUUUUAUUGGCUUUAAAUUUUAAUGACUUGGCUCAAUGUUCUAAAUAUUGAUUCUUCCGAUUUGUGUCAAUAACUUCUUCUAGGUCACAACUCGACGUUAAUUACGGCGAAAUAAUUGUGAGUAAUAAACAGAAUUCUGUCAACGUCCGAGCACCAGUAAUUGUUAAUGAAAAAAGUCUUCAAACUGUUAAAUUUUUGCCGUAGCUCAUAAGUGUCCUAACGUAUACUUUAAUAACUGUACACGAUAUUACAUAUAUAAAUAUAUAUAUUCUAUAUUAAUUGUUUCUUAGACAUACGAGUGAUCACAGAUAAAUGAGUGUCGCGAUUGAGAAAGAAAGAACAGAUUAUUUAGCGAAUGCCAAAUGGUGCCAAUUUCUCCGAGUAGUCAUGAAUUAUCGCGGUACACUCGAUAUUGAUAUAAUGACUGGUAAUUCCUCUCGGUAAUUCAGUCCAAUUGGAUUUUAUUGAGAUAAAUAUAUCGCUGAGGAAUCUAGAAAAUGUUUUAAAGAUUAAUACAAUCUCAAUGUGAUAAUAUAUUUGCUAUUGAAAAUUGACAUAUUAAAGCAUACGAUUACGAUUCAUUCACAAAUGAAAGAGUUACGAGAGCCGCCUAUGUAUUUUGAAAAAUUACGAUAACUGUCAUUCACUUGCGUUUAUUUAUAUAUAAUAACGAAUUAAACACGUAUUAGUUGGAAUUACUUGACACAUAAGUACAAAUAAGCCAUGCGUUGGGUCAUUUAAUGGAAUGAAGCCGUGAGUAUGUAAUGAUAUUAAAUAUUUCAAUGUUAUAAACAGUAAAAUUGAAGAUUCAGUUGUAUUCUCUAAAGAACAAUGAAAAAAUCGACAUGAAAUCUCUUUGCACACUGUCUACUGUUAUGCACUAUUAUAUUUAUCACGGGCUAAUAAAGCUAAUGAUAAAGAGAUGAGAGCGAAUGAUAAACUCUGGGGUUUGUCUUAUUUAUUUAUUGCCAAUAUGAUCGGUAAAUAAUCGAUAUUUAAAUUGUUCUAUAAAUUUCACAUGUGUAUACGAAAGACUAAACUAUCGCGAAUGUGAUUCAACGUACCUUCAACUCAAUGUUUUAUUGUCGAGUACUGAUAUCUUGGGGAUAAUUUUGUUAAUUCUAUUCAACAAAUUAUUAUCCCUUCCAUACACAUUAAUUAUGUAUGAUUUUCCUGUAGCAAUCACUCGCUGAACCAAAAAUCGAUGGAAGAUUACGUUUCGAUGAUUGUAAAAGACUCAAUAAAAGUUUUCACUAUAAAUAAAUCAUUUUAGUUUAAGCUCCAGGAAAUUUUCAUCGAUCUGAGGGGAAGUGGUUUUAUUUAAAUCGUGUGGUUUUUUAUUCGUUCCUGGAAGCACCAGCUUAUCAACCGGCUUAUCAACCGACAACACCACUUUUUAAUUAAAAAAAAUUAAUUUAGCGGUGAUUACCAAAAAGGACGAAAUUAUAAACCAAAAAAGGAGAUAAGUCUUCAAUUCAUCUGUCAUUCAGAUAUAUAAUCACGAAGAGGUGAUAUUUUAAUGCAGGGGCGCAUGAAAUUCAAUCGGAAAUUAAAAAAAAAAUACUCGUGAUAAAUGAAAAACAGCGGAUUAUCUAGAAAAUAAUUUUUAUUAGAUCUCAGCAAAAGUUUUACAACUGUAAAAUACCUCCAGGAUUAUCAAUACAGACAUCUUGAAGAUUCAAGAGGAAAACAUGAAAUUGACAAUAAAAUUAGCGGUAAUCAUCAGUUAUACGAGACGAAAGCGUAAUGCACGGAUAGCCCUGAAUAAUAUCCACUCAUUAAAUCAUUAUUUAUGAUUCCUCAUCCUGCGUGAUAAUUAUCAGCAUUUCUCUGAUC